AUGGCCAUUUUGCAACCGAAAUACCGUCCGUUCACUCUGGGAGGCCUUCUGCUCGGAGCCAUCAUGCUCAGAGUUCCGUCUGCGAUGGCGCUGACUGUCACCGAGUUCCCGAGGUGUUCCGACUUUUUCCGCACUCUUGCAGUUGAUGUGAAAGAGUGGGCUCAGGUGAGAAAUAGUAAACAGAGCAGAAAAAAUGUGUUCAUUGACUAA